UGAGUUACACGGAUGUAUUAUAGUAACACAGGAAGUGAAGAAUUCCCUUUCCGCCUCUUAACCGGGCGCAGUUUACACGCGUGCUGAUUUCUUUGUAACAAAUCGUCAUAAAGUCAUCAAAUCAUAGGUUAUAAACUCCGAAAUUAUGAAACCCAUUCUGCUACAGGGCCAUGAAAGGGCCGUCACACAAAUCAGAUACAACAGGGAGGGCGACCUAUUGUUUACUGUUGCCAAGGACCCUGUGGCAAACGUGUGGUAUUCUGUCAACGGAGAGAGACUCGGCACGUACACUGGACACACUGGUGCUGUCUGGUGUGUAGAUUGUGACUGGGACACCAAGCAUGUGUUGACUGGAUCUGCGGACAACAGUUGCAGACUGUGGGAUUGUCAGACAGGGAAGCAGCUUGCCCUGCUGGAGACGAGUUCUGCUGUGAGGACUUGUGGCUUUGACUUCAGUGGGAACAUCAUCAUGUUCUCUACUGACAAACAGAUGGGCUACCAGUGUUUCCUGAACUUCUUUGACCUCAGGGACCCACAGCAGAUUGAGGACAACCAACCCUACUCUCAGGUGCCUUGCAACGAAUCAAAGAUCACCAGCGCGGUGUGGGGACCUCUGGGGGAGUAUGUCAUUGCCGGCCAUGAGAGUGGCGAGAUCCACCAGUACAGCGCUAAGUCUGGGGAGAUCCUGAAGACGGUGAAGGAGCACUCGAAGCAGAUCAAUGACAUUCAGUCAUCGGUCGAUCUCACCAUGGUCAUCACCGCCUCCAAAGACUGCACCGCUAAGCUUUUUGACUCCUCGACGCUCGACCACAUCAAGUCCUUCAAGACUGAGAGGCCCGUCAACUCGGCCGCCAUUUCUCCCAUCUGUGACCACGUGGUCAUGGGUGGUGGUCAGGAGGCCAUGGAGGUCACGACCACCUCCACGAGGAUCGGCAAGUUCGAGGCCAGGUUCUUCCAUGCAGCCUAUGAGGAGGAGUUUGGCAGGGUAAAGGGACAUUUCGGGCCCAUCAACUGCGUGGCAUUCCACCCUGACGGAAAAAGUUACGCCAGUGGAGGAGAGGACGGAUACACCAGAAUUCACUACUUCGACCCCCAUUACUUUGACUUUGAGUUGGAGGCAUAGAUGGUGGCAGCAGCAGCAGCAGCAGCAGCAGCAGCAGCAGCAGCAGCAGCAACAACAGCAUUCCUGACUAUCUGAGCGUUGACCACAGAUGAGUCGUAUGGCUACGUGUCAACACCACACUGCUAAGCAGCCCCAACCAUCGGCUGCACUAAUGCAUUUCUGGUUUUUGUAUGCUUGGUUUUACAUCAAUACUUCACUCGCUAUAGGGUCUGUUAAAUUAAUGGAUAUCUCAAAUAAACUUGGUUAUAACGCA